CCCAUCAAGAGGUCCACCAUGCCCACAUCAGCACCUGGCGGCUGUAGCACAGGACCAGGUCAGUGCAAGGCUUUCCCGAGGGGCCAAAGAAUGGAGACUGGGGACUUUCCUUGUCUACGAGCUUCUCUGCCUGGGGGUGGAGAGUGAGUAGUCACAACUAAAACAAGAAUAUCAGAAUGGCGAAGAAUUUAUCUGCUUAUGAAAGCUUUGACCAGAGACCCCACACCUGACACCAUGGACCUUUCAGGCCGUGAGGAUGCCCCAGGAAACAGAACCUUCAUUGAGGAAGCUGCUGAGUACCUGCAGCACGCAUCGGGCAGGGGAGACCUGAGGCUGCUGCUGACUGAAGAUGGAGCCUGGGAGGCCUUUGUGGCUGAGGCUGAGUUGUCCAGAGCUGAUGCAGACACUUUACGUGCCACCCUCAAUGUGCUCACAGCAAACCUGGCUGUGGAAGACCAGGACAGGCUCCAGUGUGACCUGCAGGACAUGGAGAGGUUUAUGGAUGUGUUUCCCCAGGUGAAAGUGGAGCUGGAGGGACACAUCAGGAAGCUCCGCACCCUUGCAGACAAGAUUGACAAGGUUCACAGGGACUGCACCAUCUCCAAGGUGGUGGCCAGCUCUACGAGCACUGUGUCUGGAGUCCUGACCCUCCUUGGCCUCACUCUGGUACCUGUGACAGCUGGGCUCAGUCUGGUGCUCUUGGCAACAGGGAUGGGCCUGGGAGCAGCAGCAGCUGUGACUAGUGUCUCCACUGGCAUUGUGGACUACACAAGCCAGUCAUCAGCCAAAAUGGAAGCCAGCCACCUGGUAUCAACCAGCAUGGUCAAAGUGAAGAUGGUUGCAGAUGCUGUGGUUCAUUCAGGACCCCAAGUCUUUUCCUUAUCUGAGAAUUGCUGUCGAGUCGUACGGUGCAUUGAGCAGAGCAUCUAUGCCAUCAAGCUCACCAAAGCCAACCCUGCCUUAGCAGCUAGUGCCAAGCGCCUCAUGACCAUGGGGAGCAUCUCUGCCCAAAGUGGUAAGCAUGUGAAGAAAGCCUUUAAGGGCACUGCCCUGGCAAUGAGCAGAAGAGCCCGGAUCAUGGGUAUAGUCACCACAGGUGUGUCCCUUGCUGGGGAUGUGAUCAGCCUUGUGAAAGAAUCCAAGAAUUUGCACAAGGGAACAAAAGUAAAGUCUGCCGAGGAGUUGAGGCAGCAGGCUCAGGAGCUGGAGGAGAAACUGGAGGUGCUCAUCCAGAUCUAUGACAGUUUGCAGUCAAGCUCAACUCAGUAACAUGCUUCCUCCCAAAGUAGUGCAGAAGAUGGGGAGGUGUUCUGGAUAUAGAGACUGAAACAUUUUUGUGAGAGGGAAUCAGACCCACGAAGUUCAGGACUUAGGCAUUUGUUCUUUUCAAAACA